ACAGUUAGAGAGAGCUUAUCCACUUUUAGUAAACUCCUGUUUUUGGUCACUAUUUAUUCUAAGGCGACUUAGCAAACAUUACAUUUGAGAAAAAUAGUGUGGGAGUGUGUUUUCCAAGUGUGUAGCCUACAUAUCCCCCAUCAUGGCAUCGCUGACAUCUUCCAGUCGCAGAUCCUCCUCGUCCUACCGCUCAUCGUCCCGCUACAGCACCUCCAGCUCCUAUCGCUCGGAGGGCUCGCUGGGUGGAUCGCCCGAUUCUCUGGAUCCCCUUUUCGAGCCGUUUCUCGACUCUGCCGAUUGCUCCGGUCUGUUUGGAGAGGGGAGCCCCGGGGGAGCCAGCUGCUCGACCCCCUUCAGCAGGCAGAGCAGGGCCUCCUAUGGGCACACUGCUCCUGCAGGCGGCGCUGUGACGGGCCGGCAGAGCGGGACAGGAGGCGCCGUGCGAUGCCUGGGAGACACUUACUACAUGUCCGCUGACGUCAGCCAGUUUGAGCCGCACGAUGUGGUGGUGAUGGCCUACAACCACCAUGUUGUCAUUCACGCCCAGAAGGUACUAGAUGAUGGAAGCGUCAGCGACACGUUCACCCACAAGUCCCUGUUUCCAGAGGACAUGGACCCGUUGUCGGUCAGUGGGACCCUGAACCCCGACGGUACCCUGGUGGUGAGUGUCCGCCGGACCAUGGAGCCCCCGGGGGUCCCCACCUACCGCAGUGAAGCUCGCCUUUGAUUUGUGGCCUCUAUGUUUGUGCAGCCUGUGUCAAACCUUUCCCCCGACAUCACCACCUGCACUCAAGAAAGGCCGGCUGUUGAGUGCAUGGUGGACUGAUAGGGAAUAUUAAAGUUUGGAUCUGUUAUGUGAUUAUAGAAUGCUUCAAAUAGUUUUGUUGCAGAAAAAUGAGACAAAAGUGAAAACUGUUGCUUUCAGAUCUACGGGGGAACGGGACGUUACCGUCACAUAUUAUCGAAUGUCUUUAAUGUUGUUUUUUACUUUUUUCACAUUCUUCUUGUAUAUUAAUACUUUUUAUAGCAAGUCGUCAUCUAUGUAUGUAGUGUGAUGAUAAACAUGAGGAUUUGUUAUUUUCUCAGACAUGGAAUAAAUAUGAGUUUUAACCCCCCAAAUAUAUAUUCAUGAAACUAGUUUAUUUUUAUUUGUUUAAUGUAUUUAGUUUCCCGCUCUGUCAUUGGUCAGAGGGAACAGGCCACAGAGUAGAAGAGCUGCUGUUAGAAGGUAAAAAGAAGGGUUUGUGAUCCUCACACACUCACUCAGGGUGAAUGUGUUUGACCUGAAAGACCUGUUUUACUUGAACUUAAAUCCAGACAAAGUAAGUCAUCAGAUUUGACUUCUCUUCUGAAAUAAACGGUUGAUUAUUAGC